CCGGAGAGAGUUGUCCGUGUUUGGCGGGGGCAAGAUGUGUUUUGAGAAGCCGAACGUGCGCUGGAAUGCAACAUUUUGAGGCACUUUAUUGUGAGGGAAUCAGAUCUGCUUGUGGCCGACAACGAUGUAAUCAAGGCCGCUAUAGCCCCAGUGUGGAGUCUUCAUUUACAUAGAUAGUCGAGACAUGGGCUUCACUCUUUCCAUUAGAUCAUCUUGCGACGGUAUGAAAAGAGUAAAGAUGGUCACUGCGGAUGCACAAUUGGUCAGCGUCAUUCUCCGUAUAGCUUUCAUGGCGACAUUCGUUUCUCAAGUUUCAAGUUCAAGCGAAGUUUACCAAAUGCUAAUGCUGGAUAGAGGUAUCCUCCGUGUGAACACUUCAGAUGCCACAUGGAGAUACUCAGCCGACGACAGUGCCACGGAGCUUGACAAGAUACUUCGAGGAAAUCUGGAAGACAGGGUGUACACUGACGACACUGACAAGCAGUGGCACUAUCAAGUAGCCGUAUUCAGGCAUAAUGGUAGCAUAGUUCUAAACGGGAGUCUCCAAGUUUCCUUCUCUGGUGGGCCGGCUGUUUCUGUGGAGAGUCUGCAUGGGGACAUCAAGAUUGCUACCCGUCUUAUACUGGAUGGCUAUCUGAACCUCGCCAGUGAAACUGGGUCGUUAGGAGGCUAUGGUGCAAGACGCGGACCAGGAGGUGGAGGUCUCUUGGCAGAAGACGGUAAACCUCCGAAACCCCCAGGCGGUGGGGGCCACGGGGGCACCGGAGGGGAAGCCUUCAUCGAGAGGACGUUGUCCCUGUCGGGUGACAAACUGAUUUGGAAGGAGACUAAGUAUGGUUACCCGUAUCUGAUCGGAGAUGGUUACCAUCUACUUGGAGGAAGUGCAGGUGGGAAGAUUGAAUAUGAACCAAAUGUUCUGGUUUUUGGAAAUCCUAAAGGUGGAGGAGCGCUGGAAGUGACCGCUAAAGGAAAGAUCACCAUUGGCAGCCACGUAUCGGCGGACGGACAACGUGGGAUACCCUACGAUGCUGCAUUCCUUGAUAGAUAUUCAGCUGAACCAUGUGCAGGGGGAGGGAGCGGUGGUCUGAUCAGGUUAAGAGCAAAGGAGAUUGAGGUCCGCCAUGACGGUUUUCUCUCUGUGAGGGGGGCCGAUGGUGCCCAGAAUACCGACAACGGCAGUUACUGCGGCGGAGGAGGGGCUGGAGGCAUUAUCGAGUUCCAGAUCUCGGACAGGGUGCACGGAUAUCUGCUGGGAGACCACCUGUUCCUUAACGGUGGCAAGGGAACUAAGCUAGGUGGUCGAGGCAGGCUGGAGAUAACAAAUUUCAUGCCCCGAAAUGGAUCCAGAAGCUGUGACGACAGUGUGGUUGACUGUGAUUGUACCUCACAGCCAUCGAUGACAGUGUCACCUUCCGUGACCGGAUCACCUGGGGAACCGAACGAAGGGUGUCCGACGGUCCAACCAGCGCCGUGCGACUGCAGCGAGUGCCCCGAGGCCACGAGUCCGAUGACAGAGGUUGGUACGAGCGACUGUGGCGACGCCGUCACGUGCCAGACAACCUCUGAGGCAACAGACCGUGAUUGCAGCAAGACAGUGUGUCCGACGGUCCCUGACGAAGGGGUCAGCUGCAAAUGCCCUGAAAACACUGACAGUCCGCCUAGCACAACGGAAGCGCUCACACUCGACAAUGCUGCACAAUUUCUUGAAGAGGCCUUGGAUGAAAUUGGUGAAUUCGGAGAAAAUUCAACACGGGAAGGCGCCGUACAACUAUUGGUGGCAACUGAAAUUCUUGGCCUGAACUUGGGGAGCCGUCUUGCUGAGGCCCGGCAGCCUGGAGAAGUGGUCUCUGUGACGGCUGCGUCAGAGACUGUUGCUAUGCAAGUGCAGGUCGAUGACGCGAACGCAUUUAGCGGCGUCGCCUUCCCCAAUGCCUCAGACCUCAUCUUCAGCUUGGACGGAUGGAGGGCGCCCUUUCUCUGCCAAGAAAUCACGGAGUUCCACGCGAAAGAAAACAUCUCAGGCGACAUAAUUAUUGUCAACGUGCUCUAUGCAGACAUUGGAGAGCUUUUGACUGGAACUGACCCAACAGAGGGAAUUGUCCCACUAGUGAACAGCCGUGUGGUCGGUACGUCUGUUGCCCUGAGUGAAAAUGUAACUACUCACUUCACCUUGAGUGUUCGCAUGACUGCCGAAAAGUUGAAGAGAAAUAUUUCAGGGACCACCAGCUGCGUUUUCUGGGAUUUCCAUGCGCAAGGAACGCCAGGCGGCAGCUGGUCUCCUAAGGGUUGUUUGGUGGAGUAUGAAAAUGAUACCCACGUGAUAUGCAUGUGUGAUCACCUGACUAACUUUGCCACACUGCUGAAACCAGACAAAGUUGUGAUCCCACCUGGGGAUGAGUUUGCCCUUGGUGUCAUCUCGUACAUCGGUCUUGGUCUCUCACUGUGUUCCCUGGUGUUGGCUUUCAUUACAAUCAGCGUAUCACUAAAAGGUCUCAAGAAUUUCCAGUCUGCGGUUAUCCAUCUCAAUCUUAUCGCCGCGCUUGGUCUCGCCGACACACUUUUUCUGAUUGGUGCAGACGACACAGAAAAUCAGUUGUGGUGCAGGGCAGUGGCAAUAAUGCUACAUUACUUCUACCUUUCGACCUUCAUGUGGAUGCUGUGCGAGGGAUUCCAUAUUUACAUCAGAGUCACCACUGUGUUUGCCGAUGUCAGAGGUCACCUGAAGUAUUACUUCUUUGCAGCUUGGGGGAUUUCUGCUGUGAUUGUUGGAGUAACUGCUGGUGUCAACUUGCAAGGAUAUGGUACAGCGACGGCUUGUUGGUUGGAUGCUGGCGGCAACACCCUCUGGGCCUUUGCCGCACCCGUUGCUCUCAUCGUUACGAUGAACGUGUUCUUCUUGGGGAUGAUAAUGUACAGAUUCCUCACAGUCAAAAGCAUUGCCAAGAAAUCCAAAUAUGAACAGCUCAGGAAGGCGACCAGGGCCGCCAUCGUGCUACUCCCACUGCUCGGUACAACAUGGAUCUUCGGCCUCCUGGCCCUUGGCACUGCCAGCGUGGUCAUGUACUAUAUUUUUGUCACGCUGAAUUCCCUCCAGGGUGUGUUUAUUUGCAUAUUUCACUGCCUGACCAAUGACGAUGUGGCAGCGACAAUGCGCGUCAAACUACGCAGGUCUCGCACCAAGAUCGAUAUCUUUCUGACCUCAGCUGAUCGGAAAACACAGCCAAAGUCAAAAUGCGCCGAAAGCAAGCACAGCAACGGAUCCAGCACGUCCAGAAAUCCGCCUGGAACCAGCACAUCUGAAGACGCACCACAGUCAAGUCGAUGGGCAACUUACCCGCCACAAGCCAGACAAGAGUCGACGAGACCAGUCAAAUGUGGCAGUAUUGCAGCCGAGCCACCAAACUUGCGGUCAUAGAGUACAUCACAAGUCAGUUCAAAAGUCUGAUCACUAAAGUGAGAGAGUGCAAGUGAUGUAGUUAAAAAGUACGUUGCCGUUAUUGCUCAUUUGAGUAGCUUACCCCUUGCUCGGGACCAGAUAGAUAGUGAACGACUUAUGAUGGAUGUGUUAGGAGUUGUCAUGACUUGUGAUAGCCUCCAGGCCAGGGCUGGAUUUAAUGUAUCGUGUACGAAGCUGUAGGCACCCAUGUUCAUAAUCUUCAGCCUACGCACCAGCACUAUUUCAGAAUGCUACAUGGUAAGCACUUGAGCCUUGGAUUUCUUGUCGAUACCUAGCUUGUGUUUUAGAGCAAGGACUUGGUUAGUUACUCCAAUUGGUGCUAUGUGCACAUUGCGCUAUUCUGCAGGCCCCUAAAAUUUUCGUUGACCCGAGGGUUUUUCGAAGACCGUAUGAGCACAGUGCGUACUUGGUCGAUACGGGCCUGAUAUGCUUGACCGCAGCUCCAAAUGUUUUGAUAUCCAUCCUGUAUAGCGUACUUUUGCAUCCACAACCGCCCUAUCCAAAGGUACACUGUAAUUCACGUAAACGCAGAGACAAUACAAAAAUGUAAAGGUUAGUGCUUGAAAACACGUUGGGUAUCCUUGGUUUUAAGGUGACCAUUAGUGUUUUAUUACACAAAUAUUAUAAACAGCGAACUGUUAUCUUUUAAAAAAGAAAGACAAGCAAAUUAUAUGUGUUGAAGUCAACAGUCUACUAUUAGAAGAUGCUUCGUUAUCAGAAACAAAUUACUGAUUUGAUAUAAAGCACGGUCUCGGCUAAGUUGCAUAACAAUAAAAUAAGUAACGAUCAUAAUCGUAUAAUCUUGGCUUAUGAAUUUAAUGGAAGAUUAGAGUUCGCAAAUGGCAGCGGAUAGGAUAUGUAUUGUAUAAUACACCGAUUGAACUCGAGAUAACGACGGUGGAUAGUGUGGGAUCGAGGUUAAGUACUAGCCCAAGUACAAGCCCUUGAUGACGAAACCUUAGAUUUCGCUAUGAUAUUAUGCCAACCACUCCCUUGUGGCUCGGUCGAUGCUCAGGCCAGCAUCAGUUUAGUCCUCCAGAAUGAGUGGAAGCGCGAAAAUCCAGAACAAGGAACCUCAAAAACAUGAAAUCACUUUCGUGUAGCAAUAGAAGAUCCGUAGGCCUAACGGUUUUCGCGUUGCAUGUUCAUCAAUGUUCUACUACUGCAAGAGUAACAUAAACCGUGCGCGAACGACGCUCACUCGAUGAGUUUGUGCAUGUUGUAUCAUGUUAAUUAGGUAGCAUCAUUUUGAACUUUUAGGACUGCCUCCAUUACCAUGAUGCUCAAAAUUUAAGUUUUUCAUCUAGCAGAGUCAUACAUCAGAAUGGAAACAGUACUAGAAAGUCGUUCGGCACUUAAGCAGCAAACGCGUGGACGCCGCGUUGUUUCCCUGUAAAUAUACAUGUAAAUGAGGUGCAAUGUUAAAUUUGGUUUGAAUCUUGGCGUUUUGGGAAUCUUUGAAUCUUCGAAAUGAGUAUUUUGGAGUCUUUGAAUCUUACGCAGUAACAAAAAUGGAGAAAAAACGGGGGAAAUGUCAGGAAAAUAACCGAAAAUAACCCCCGACAAGCCAAGGCGAUGGCCUCAUAGCUCCGAGCCGGUGCACCGAGCUCUUCACUUGGCAUGAAGUUGAGUGUGGCUGAAGCUCAUAACACAGAUUGUUGUUUGGCGAAUAGUAUAUACCAUCCACUGCGCUGUCAUGUUGUAAAUUGUCAUUCUGUGGUCAUGUUUUCAAGUUUUAUUUAAAUCUGCAAAAGAAUGAAGGGUUGGAAAAUUGGGUUUGAUCUGCACGGAGAACAAAGUUGACAACCACUCUUUUCCCCUAAAUCUCAAGCCUUUUCUCCGACAAUUUUCACUUUAUAUAAACUAUGGCAUUCUUUUGUCAACACUAUGUGUGUAAAUUAUGUUAUCCUAUAAUUAGCUGAUUGUCUAGUACAAAAGGAGUAAAAUGAAUCUUAAAAAUGAAUAUUUGAA